AUGGGCGGCGACCGCGCGUACGCCCGCGACGGCGUCGCGGAUGACUGUCGCGAAGACGGACGCGGGCGAGCGACCCGUCGGGCGCUGCGGAUGGCGAUCGGCGUCGUGCCGAACGCGAACGGGUCGUGCGCGGUGACGCUGGGGGAGACCUCGUGCGUUGCCGCGGUGCGAUGCGACGUGACGGCGAUCGAGGCGUGGGAGGCGUCGGACGUGGGGGCGAUCGUCCUGCGCGUCGACGCGAGUUCGAUCGCGACGACGCGCGCGGGGCGGGCGGCGGCGGUGGGGGAGACGCUGCGGCGACGCCUGGAGAGCGUCGUCGCGGGACGCGAACGCGGGGUCUCGGACGCGAGCGGAAGGGCGAGUGGGAGCGGCGUGGACGCCUGGGAUGGAGGUGGGAUCGAUCUCCGGUCGCUGUGCGUGCGACCGGGACGGGCGCGGUGGACGCUGGCGGUGGACGCGGUGUGCGCGUGCGAUCGAGGGUCGAUGCUGGACGCGCUGAGCGUCGCGGUGCGAGGGGCUCUGGCGGAUACGAAGAUUCCAAAGGUCUCGCUCGUCGGUGUGGGGAGCGAUGGGGAGGGAGGAGAGUUGGAGAUCGAUGACGACCCGGACGCGUGCACGAGAGUGGACGUGUCGAGGUGCGGCGUCGUGGCGACGACGACGAAGAUUGGGAAACACGGCGUCGUCGACGCCACGGACGAGGAAGAGGCGUGCGCGGAGGCGUCGAUGAGCGUUGGGGUCGAUCGAGAUGGGAUGGUGUGCGGGGAAUUCACGACCGGUGGCGAGACGCUCGACCGGGGCACGGCGGACGCGAUGCGCAAGCUCUCGUGCCGAGUCGGCGUCGAACUCAUCGAAGCGAUGGAUGCAUUUUUGGCCACCGCCGUCGCGGCUAAUAAAAUCGAUGAAGACGAAGACGGUCGAGUCAUGGUCGUUAGAGUUAGGAAGUGA